AUGGCUGCGCCCGCGAUGAUUCGCGUUUCGGCGCAGAAUUUUAUGCAAAUUACUAAAAUUAAGAUGAAAUCUGGACAAAAAAUAUCUAAAGGAGCAUUGGUUGCCAUUUACAAGGACAAGAAUUCCACCGUCCAGCGAUUGAAAACGAAUGACAAUGGUGUUGUUAAGGAUAUUUUCGUAAAAGAAGGUGAUUCGGUUGAAGCAGGGUUUGUGCUGUAUUCAGUGGAAGGAUGCCGCCAUCCAACUGUCAUGAAAGAUAUGUGUGCCGAGUGUGGUGAAGAUCUGAGAGUGGAGAACUCUACAGCUGGAGACCGGAAGGAACAGUCCAGUGCUACGGUUGCCAUGGUACACAGUAUCCCUGAACUGAUUGUCAGUGAAGAGCAAGCUAAGGAGAUUGGACAAGCUGAUGAAGAUAGGCUUUUGAAGACCAGGAAACUUGUGCUACUUGUUGACCUCGAUCAGACCCUUGUGCACACCACCAAUGAUAACAUUCCUGCAAAUUUGAAGGAUGUCAACCAUUUUCAACUUCCACAUGCAAACCAAAUGCUCUGGUACCAUACAAGACUGCGACCUGGAACCAAAACUUUCUUGGAGAGAAUCUCAAAGCUGUAUGAGUUACAUAUCUGCACGUUCGGGGUCCGCUUGUAUGCGCAUACCAUUGCUACGAUUCUGGACCCCAAGUUAAGCCUCUUCUCUCAUCGUAUUUUGUCGAGGGACGAAUGCUUCAGUCCACAGUCAAAGACUGCUAAUCUCAAGGCGCUUUUCCCAUGUGGAGAUUCCAUGGUGUGCAUCAUUGAUGACCGCGAAGAUGUUUGGCAUUUCUCCCCCAAUCUUGUCCACGUAAAACCAUACAGGUUUUUCCAGGGAACAGCAGAUAUAAAUGCCCCUCCUGGUCUUUCUAAGACUGAAGAUGAUAGUAAACCAAUUGUGCACAGGGUGAGAAGAGUUUCACAGUCCUCCACUGGCAGUUUUGAGGAAGAGCACUCAGGGGAGAAAACUACUGUUGGUAAGGGAGAUGAUGAGAAAACUGUUGAAAACUCAGCCAAGGGCGUGAAGGAGGGAACUGCUUGUGAGGGAGGUAAUCCAAAAACUGAUGAAGAGAUGGCCAUGGGAGAUAAAAGUGAUGGGAAAACAGAAAAUGGUAAAAAAUUGGAUGAAGAGAUUAAGGGUGAAAAAACCGAAGAUAAAGAGGAAAAAAAGGAAAACGUUAAAAGUAAUACAACUAAGGGUGUUGAAGUAAAUGAAGGAGCAGGUGAUGAGGAAAUUGCUAUGGAAGUAGACAGCAGGAAAGGAGAACGUGAGUCAGAUUACAAAACUGUUGAAGAUUUUGAUAACAAAGGCACACCAAUAAAAGCAGAUGAGAUUAAAACUGAAGACAAUAAAGCAGGGAAUGGAAAUGAAGCCAAACAAGAUGACAAACUAGAUACAGAAAAAAAAGGUAAAAGUAACCCUGAAUUGGGAGAUGGUGAACAGUCAUUAGAUCAGGACGGAAACAAAGUUGAAAAAGUUAAGGACGGAAAUAAAGAUGAAAACAAACCUCAAGACGAGAAAAACGAAGAAGAACUCAUAGAAUGGGAUGACGGUGAUGAUUAUCUGUUAUAUUUGGAAGAGAUUCUAAAAACGAUUCAUGCCACUUUCUUUGAAUUCCAUGAUCACUUGAAUGAGAAAGACAAAGGUGAUAGUCUUGAAAUUCCGAAAAUGGAAAAGCCAAGUUUGAAAAACAUUAUUCCAUAUAUUAAGAAAAAAGUUCUGAAGGGGUGCAAUAUUGUAUUUAGUGGAAUAAUACCUACAAAUAUGAGCCAGGAAAAAAGUAGGGCCUAUCUUGUGGCAAGGGCGUUAGGUGCAAAUAUUCAGCAGGACUUGAGGCAUAAGGGAAAUGAAACUGAUCGUAAAAACUUCACAACUCAUUUAGUUGCUGCUAAGCAGGGUACAAAUAAGUACAGAACUGCCCUGAUGAUGAAGCAUGUUAAGAUUGUGAAUGCGGAUUGGCUAUGGUGUUGCUCGGAAAGGUGGGAAAAGGUCGAAGAAAUGUUGUUCCCUCUUACUGAAAAGCAGGAUGAUAGUGGGCGGGACAGUCCUGAUCCUGCAAAGCUUAAAAAGGAUCUCAAACGGAAGAUGGGUAAAGGAUCAAAUAUUCGAAGUUCUAAAAGACAAAAACGAAGUGCAGGUGACAAAGACAAGGAUGGAAAUGGUGAUGAUGAUGAUGGUGAUAUGAAGGAUGAUGAACAGCCAUCUGGUUCAAAAGAUGAAAAGGCUGAUAAAGAAAACAAACCGGGUACUUUCUCAAUGUCAUAUAAUCCUAUGUUUGCUUUCUCAGAUGAUGAUCUUGCUUUCAUGGACAAGGAAGUUGAUGAUGAGAUGGAUGAAAAUAAUGAUGAAAGUUCGGAAGAUGAAAAUUCUAGGGAUGUUAGAUUAAGACAUCAGGUACUUAAAACUGAAGAGUUUAAGAAUUUACAGGUCUCAGAAAGUGAGGACAGUUUGAGUGGAGAAACACCAAGAGGUUGGGGACUAAAGAAGAUGUCGCCAAGACAUUCAUCAGAUGAUGAAAUAAGCAAGUCUACAAGUUCACCGGAAAAAGAAGAGCUUGGUCCAGAAUAUGAAAGUGAAACAGACCAAGACAAGUUUGAUAAGAUCAUGGAUGCAUUCGGACCAGAGACUGAAAAUUCGGACGACGAAUACCAGGAGUCCAUUGGUUCAGUAGAUGAUGAGAUCGCUGAUGCAGUUAUGAAGGAGUUUUUGUCAUAAACUGGCAGAGUUUGGCAACAAUUAAUAAAAAGUUUUUUUGACCUUACCCAAAAGACAAGGGAUGACAAUGAUACUCGAUUGUCCAUGUAUUCCUGAUAAAAACAUAAGUAUUAUUUCAAAUUUCACUAAAUGCAUGAUAUUCAGACGACAUUCAGUCAAUGUAACAGUACUUGCGCAUUGCCAAUAAGACCCUCUAAUCCCUGCUACAUGUAGGUACAUUACUGACCCUAUCAAGUUUAAUGAAAGUUGUUGUGAGAUUAUACAAACCUUCCAUCUAAGGCCACAAUUUGCAAUAAUCACUGAUGUCAAUUGGCGAAGUUCUGAUAGCAUUAUAUCUCCUACAUAAUUCUAAUGUUUAAUUAGUGACUUUUCAACAACUGUUACACUCAUUGACGUGCAUUUAUGAAGAUUGAUUAAAUAAUUGGCAUAUAUUUGCAAUGAUCAUCACUAUUACCGGUAAUUGAUGGGUGUCAGUGAUUUUUUUUGGUGCAAUUUUCUGCCUUAUAAAGGCCAUUUCCCUUGCGAUAAAAUGUCCAUUUUUCCCAAAAUUUUAUAUUUUUUCCCCAAUUUGAUUACCGUAGAUUAUGUUAAUGAAUAAAAAAAGCAAUGAAUUUCUGGAAAUAUUAACAAAAUCCUGACAAAACUUAUUCUUUCACAGCAUAACGUACGCAUAAAAAAAGUUAAAACGUAUAUUUACCAUUAUAUUAGCUAUGUUGGCCUGAUUUUGUACUUUUCCCAAAGUCAACUUUUUUCCCAAUUUGCAAGGCACAGGCGGUAAAAAAAAUUCCAAAAAAAAUCACUGGGUGUCUUUAAAUGAGAAUUAUCAAUAAACCAAUUAAGGAUUUUCUGAGUCCUUGAUCGGAAAAUUAUUUGAGUACUAGAGUACUGAUUUAACUACUCAUUGCCAUCCCUCCAAAGGCUCACAAUAAUAACCCUAAACCAGAUUUUUUUGUUUUUUGUUUUUCAUUACGAGUUAAGGGGUAAAGAAUUGAUAUUUUUUUACCUACUCUCACCUAAUAAUGUGGGUCCAAUAUGACCAAACAAGGUGUUUUAAUUGUCGCCUAUGAUUACCAUUAUUGAAAACAAUCACUGAACAAGUUCAUUUAUUAUUGGCAUUUGUAUGUUAUAUGUAAACACUGCUCAGGGGCUGUAUUCACAAAUCAUCUAAGUGAAUAUUUACAACUUAGUGAAUAUUUUCGUAACUUUUGACAACGAUAAUUAUAAAGCUGUACUUUCACAGAUUGACUGUUUGGACAACUUUUUUAUCUUUGGCUUGGAAUAAACCAAUUUUUGCUUCAAUGUCUGUAUUAAGAGACUACUGACAACAGAUCAGAUUGCAUUUUAUAUUUAUGUUCAGGAAAUGAUGUUUAUGCCGAAAAAUUCAUUUUGCUAUAAGCGUUUGUCUUAUAUCACCGGUUUCCAGACCUUUCUGCAAGAAUUGGCUUAUUUCAAGACAAAAAAUAAAAAAAAAAUCUGUGAGAGUGCAGCUUUAAAUAGUUACUCUGUACUUUUCAAGAGAUAUAUCUAUAUGCGUAUAUUGUUUAGACCAUUUUCUUGCUUAUUUCCAUUUUUUUUUGUAUACAAACAUUCUUCAUUUUCUUGAAAUUGCAUCUAGAAAAAAAGCAAUUUUUCACAUGUUGAACAUGCUUAAUGAAUAAGGCCCCUGUUGUUAUCCCCCGUCGAUUCGAAGAUUUCGGGAGGGGGAUAUUGUUUUGGCUUUGUCCGUCCGUCAUUCCGUCCGUCCGGUACUAUAUCGUCCGUACUAUAUCUUGGUAGGCAUUGAUCAGAAAAUGUUCAAACUUGGUCAGAAUUUUCCCCUUGAUCACAUCUCGACCUAUUUUAAAAGUGGGUCACAUGGGGUCAAAAACUAGGUCACUGUAUCAAAUCUUAGAAAAUUCAUUUGAACAUACUAGAGGCAUUAUACAUGGUCAAAUAUUCUUGAAACUUUAUCAGAAUGUUUUCCUUGAUGAACUCUUGGUUGUAAAUAAAACUGGGUCACAUAUGAUCAAAAUUAGGUCACUAGGUCAAAUUUUAGAAAAAUCUUGUCCAGAACCAUAUCAUGGUAAUAUUAGUCAUGAUGUACCCCUUGAAGAAAUAUGGACCACUUAAAAAAGUGGUUCACAUGGGGUCAAAAAUUAGGUCACUAGGUCACAUCUUAGAAAAAUCAUUGAAACACAUUAGAGGCAAUAUGUAUGGUCUUAAAUUCAUUCAACUUGAUCAGAAUGUUUUCAUUGAUGAACUCUUCGACAUAUUUUAAACUGGGUCACAUGUGAUAAGAAAUUAGGUCACUAGGUCAAAUCUUUUAAAAAUCUUGUCAGAAACUAUUUUAUGGUGGUGAUUGGUCUGAUUAAGUUCAAACAUGGUCGGAAUGUUCUCUUGGGUUAAAUUUCGACUGUGUUUUAUAAGUGGGUCAUAUGGGUCAAAAAAUAAGUCACUAGGUCAUAUCUUACAGAAAACUUGGGAACACUCUAGAGGCAAUACAUCUGCUCUAAUUUCUAUGAAACUGUAUCAAAAUGCCUCCAUGAAAUCUUGGAAUAGUUUGAAACUAGUAGGUCAUGUGGGGUCAAAAAUGAUGUCACUAAGUCAAAACCUUGUGGACACUCUAGAGGCUAUAUUUUUUGCAAUAUAUCUGGACCAAUCUUCAUUAAACUUGAUCAGAAUGUUUGCCUUGAUGAAAUCUUAGAUAAUUUUGGAACUGGGUAACAUGAAGUCAUAAACUAGGUUUCUUGGUCAAUUCUAAAUGUUACAUUAUAUACAUUUUUUUUUUAAUUUCAAACAGUUGCAAUCAAACUCAAACUCAUAUAUAUAUAUAUUCAUCAACAAUUGAUUUCCAUUCCUUGAUUUAGCUUAAUCAGGCAGGGGAUAUCAAUUCAACGAAUUUGCUUGUUAUACAUUAUAUUUGGUGCAGCUAUUACCAUAUUGUUAUUUGGUUCAUUUCGAUUUAUUAGUUCAUGUUUUUGUUUCACAUUGAAAUGUAUGACUUCAUUAUAUCAGUAUAGUGAAAUAAAAUGUUCACUGGUUGGUAGUUUUACUCAACACAUUUAUAAUAGAUGACUUAGAAAAGAGUAACAGCUCUUUAUGUACAGUCGAACCCCAUUUGCUCGAACUCACAGGGACCGACGAAAAUACCUCGAGCCAAGCGGGAAAACUUACCUUUAGUAUAAAGAAAUCGGUCAUUAACAUCCAGUUGGACCAGCAUGGAAAUCCUGCCAAGCGAGUUUGAGCCAAUGGGGUUCGACUGAAUAAGAAUUACAGACUUGUCUGAGUUUCGGAGGUAUGGUCACAUCUUUAGUGUUAUGCAAAAUUAAGCUUUAUUAUUGACCAUACCACAACAAGAGUGCCAAUAAGUGAUGGGCAAUUGGCUGGAUUUUCAUCAUUGAUUAAUAAGACAGCCUGACUAAUUAAUCGGAGAAAUCCAUAAUUAUUAGAAAAUUUUAAAGAUACAUUUUGUGUCACUUAACAACUAUUUAGUAGUACUGGUUAAUAAAAUCACAAUUUUUGCAUGGCUUAAGAAUAAAAUAAAAUAACGUCUAUUAUUGAUGUA